AUGCGACUGCACUGUACCUGGGGCGACGAAUUUUACAUCGGAUUGAAUGGAAUCGAAUUUUUUGAUCACCGUGACCAGCUUAUCAAACUUCUUCCGCAGAAUCUGGCAGCAUUUCCGGAAAGUGUGAACGUUUUGCCGAAUGUUAAUAGUGAUCCACGAACAAGCGCAAAGCUUAUUGAUGGCGUCAAUGAUACCGAUAAGUAUGCUUUUUUAGUAUUCGUGACCUGA